UCGAAUUCAGACACAGUGAGCACACUGCAUCGAGCAAGCCAUUAUUUAGAGAGACAUAUUAUUCACAAUUUACACUGCAUACUUUAUAUUCACACAACACACGCCAAACUUUUACACAACACACACCAAAUUUUUACACAACAGACUUCAUUUUAACCAAUUUUUCGUAUCAAACGAGGAACAUCACACCACCAAGUUUGGAAAAUGUUCCAGCAGGAAGAAACAGUGCACUAUGCGCCUGCAACUUUUACACCUGACUUCAAACACGUCUCUGACAACGUCUACCCCAUGUACAACCCUGAGUACCAGUUUGUGUACCAACCUGUGUACUACUCAGUGUACACCCCUGUGUACCAACCUGUGUACUACCCUGAGUACGACCCCGAGUACAACCCUGUGUACCAACCUGUGUACUACCCCGAGUACUACCCCAAGUACACCCCUGAGUACUACCAGGUCCUGCCACAGGAUUUCUACCCCCUACCCCCAACCCCCAAUGGUGGAGACAGUUGAAGAAGAAUGCUUCUUCUCAUCUCCAGAGCUUUCUCAGAACCAACAGCCAAUUCUGCCUGAAAAGAAGCACACACUGAUUACAUUUCAGUGCCCCAAUGAUGAUAGUCAAGACAUUAUGGUCAAAGAGCUUAAGAGAGGAACAGCCAUGUAUGAACCCGAGAGCCUGUUUCCAGGCGAGAACAUGUCUGUACCCCAACAUGUGUGUCCACCUGAACCUGCAUCUCCCCCUGAACCUGUGUCUCCACUCGAACACAAACCGGCCUACAUGAUACCAAACACAAAGUUCCAGCAGGAAAAAACAGUGCACUAUGUGCCUGCCACUAAUACACCUGACUUCGCACACACUGACAACAUCUACUCCAUGUACAACCCUGAGUACUACCAGGUGCUGCCACCCGACGUCUACCCCAACCCCCAAUGGUGGAGACAGUUGAAGAUGACUGCUUCCUCCCAUCUCCACAGCUUCCUCAGUUCCUCCAGCCAUUUCUUCCCGAAAGGAAGCACUCAAUGAUUACAAAUCAGGACCCCAAUGAUGAUGGCCAAGACAUUAUGGUCAACGAUCUUCUGGGAAACUCAAAGUGGGUCUGGCCAUGAACAUAAAGAACCAUAAUAUGACUAAAUAAAAUUAUAUCUUCCAAC